AAUAAUACUACAAUUUCUCACCACCGCAUGGCUGUACACUCGAACAAUAUGUAAUUUUUUGUUGCUGAAAAGUUUAAUAAUUGACAACAGUUUCUUCGUUGGUCGAACAUGGCUACGCCAAUGAGUAUUUUCAGUAGUAUUCGCACGAAUGCAUGUUUUUCCGGCGGUUGAAAUUUUUUUGCGGUAGAGAUCAGUCAGGUAGACAGUUUACACAUUAUUUAUAUGGUAUAUCUGUUUUGUAAACACAGUGACACAUAGCCGCAUUGUUUGUAAAUUGCCUGAGAAUCUCUCCGUUAUAUUGUGACGAGUAGCAAACCUUGGGUGAUUCGAUUAUAUCUACCAGUCUCACUGAUGUGCCACGGAGCAAAAUAAAGUAUUCGUGAUUAUAACCUCGAAUCUCUCGGUAUUUCGGAAUGAGAAUUGGAAGAAUCGCAUGUAAGAGACAAGAACUGGAUCUCGGAAUAACUCUAAAUGGUGGACAGAGUUUUCGGUGGCUGGCCAUAGAAAAUGGGGCAAAAUAUCGUGGGGUUUAUUCUGGAUGCGUGUGGACCUUUAGUCAAGAUGAUGAAAAUCUCCAUUACGUUCUACAUAAUUCAUCGAUCAACGACGAAACCACCUGUUCGAAUAGCCUCAAAAAAUAUUUCAAUCUCGAAACCUCUCUUCGGGAUAGCAUAAACGAAUGGUCUUCCUGCGAUGCUCAAUUUGAGAAAUCGUGCAACAAUGCUGUGGGUGUGAGAAUUCUGGACCAGGAUAUAGUGGAAAAUUUGUUCUCCUUUAUUUGCAGUUCAAACAACAAUAUUCCAAGAAUUUCGAGCAUGGUUGAGAAAAUGUGUACACAUUUCGGGAAAAAAAUUUGUCAAGUGGAUAAGAAGCAGUAUUACGAUUUUCCAACUAUAGAAGCAUUGUCUCAGGCGAAGGUGGAAAAUAUACUUAGGAACGAAGGGUUUGGAUAUAGAGCAGCGUACAUAGCAAAUGCAGCAAAAAAAUUAAAGGAAUUAGGUGGUCGUGAAUGGUUGAACGUUUUGCACAAAUCAAAGGGAGGAAUAUACGAAAAAUCGAGAGAAUCGCUUAUAACGUUGCCGGGUAUUGGACCGAAGGUCGCAGAUUGCAUCUGUCUCAUGUCGCUAGGACAUCUUGAGGCGAUCCCAGUCGAUACUCACAUUUUCCAAGUGGCCAGAGAAAUGUACAUGCCACACUUGAAAAAUCAGAAAACCGUCACGCCGAAAAUUCACGAGCAAGUUAGUACGUAUUUGAGAAAACUUUGGGGUCCACACGCUGGAUGGGCUCAGACCAUUGUUUUUUGCUCUAAAAUUGGUGCUAAUGAAAAAAAAACGGUUAGGAGAAAACAAAAAAAUGCAAGCGAUACCAAAGAAUCGACCAGAUCGAAAAAACUUAAAAAAACACAAACAUGACCGUUUUAUUGAAUUUGAGACAUGCAAAAUAAAGCUGAUAACUGAUAA